AUGGUGAGGAAAAAGAGAAAUAAUGGGAAAAAGAUCCUUAGCAUUGGUCUUAGAGCUGCAAAUCCAAAUUUAGCUACUCCUGGUGAUCAUUUUGAUACCGAUUUUGUUGAAGAUGAUGAAGAAUCUCCCUCUAGUAUAAUGGGUUCAACUGGACCUAAGGGAGAAAGGAAGAAGAAGAUAAUGGCGGAUAUUCUUGAAUCUACUACUUCUCUGGGAUCUCAGAUGAUGGAUCCUCAUUUCGGGGCUUCUAUCUGGAAAUUCUCUCUUGUUGGUCAAGUUCUGGGUAUAAAUGUAAGAUUUAAAGCAAUGGAAAGUUUUGUUAAAAAAGUCUGGUCACAUCUUGCAAAUCCAGAAAUCUGUCUUCUUAAACCAGGGGUGUUUCUCUUUAAUUUCAAUAGUAAAGAUGAAAUGAAUGAAAUACUUAUGAGUGGACCUUGGUUUUUUGGCUCAAGACAUUUCUUAUUAAAAGCAUGGUCUAUGGGGGAUGAUUUUGAAAAAGCUGAUGAACACAUCUACCCGAUGUGGAUCCAGUUCCCUGCAUUAAAACUGAAUCUGUGGAAUGAAAAGGGGAUAAGAAAAAUUGCUAGUCUUAUUGGUCACCCUAUUGCUACUGAUAAGCUUACUGCAAAUAGGAAAAGGUUAGCUUAUGCAAGAGUUUUGGUUCAGGUAACACUGCCUUCCUCACUGCCUGACCAAGUGGUUAUAAAAGGCCCAAAUGGGUGUUCUUAUACACAGAGGGUUAUCUAUGAACUAAAACCAAGGUGGUGUGAUCAUUGUAAGAAAGUGGGCCAUGACAAUCAACACUGUAAAAGGAAGCCUAUGAAACCAAGGUGGUGUGAUCAUUGUAAGAAAGUGGGCCAUGACAAUCAACACUGUAAAAGGAAGCCUAUGGUGCAAAGAUGGAUACCCAAACAAGCUCAAGAUGGUAUUUCUGGUAAACAGGAGGCUCAGAUUGAUCAGACAGUCCAGGAGCAAAAUGCAAAAAGUGUUAUAGAUGUGGAAAUCUCACCUACAGAAAAUAGGAAAGGAAAAGAGGUACUGCAGGAGAUUAAUCAGACCACAGGGAAAGAUUUUGGUAUUUGCCAGGAAGGUGUAAAUUCAAUUAUAUCUGGAGAGCACUAUUCCGUGCAUGUUGUGCAUGCUGGACAAAAUACUAGUAGGAAAUCUACACAAAAUGAAGCCUCAAGAAUACAAAUGCAAAAUCAAGAGAGGAAGAAUUCCAUGAUUAUGAAUCCUUUUUCUCUGUUGAACAGUGAAAUAAAUGACUUUGACCACUUUACAAUUGAUAGAGGGGAUACUAAAGUGCCUGAGGCUGCUAAUAGGAUAGCAAAGAAUUGGAGCUGGUUUUCAAAUGCUACUUGCUCUGCAAAAGCUAGAAUCCUCAUUUUGUGGGAUCCUGAUGUCCUAGACAUUCAAGUUCUGUUUUCUUCUCCCCAGCAAAUUACCUGCUCUGUAAAUUCAAAGGAUGGUAAUUUCAGUAGCAUACUAUCUGCAGUAUAUGGUUUAAAUCAUCAAGAAACUAGGAAAAACCUGUGGAUGGAAUUAGCUCAGAUCAAGCAAACAAUUGGAAAUGAAGCAUGGCUACUUUGUGGAGACUUCAAUGUUAUGAUUAGUAAUGAGGAAAAACUGGGGGGUAUCAUGUUAACUGAAAAUGAUACAAGGGAUUUUUGA